UCCGCCUGCAGUCCUGCAGCCUCAGCCUGCGUACGUGAGGAGUCACGGCCCGUCUGUUCAGCAGAGACAGUAGCUACUGGAAAACGGGACACGCGGUUUAGCUUGUGCUAAAAAGAAUGAGUGAAGAGGAAAACCCUGCUGCUAUUCCUGCCCCUGUGCAGGAUGUGCAGGGAGAUGGACGCUGGAUGUCACAGCAUUCUCGGUUUGUCCAGGAGUGUAAGGAUGCAGAACCUGAUGUGCUGUUUGUCGGUGACUCCAUGGUUCAGCUCAUGCAGCAGUAUGAGGUGUGGCGUGAACUGUUUUCUCCACUCCAUGCUCUAAACUUUGGGAUCGGGGGAGACACAACCUGCAACGUGUUGUGGAGACUGCAGAAUGGAGAACUGGAGAACAUCAGGCCCAGGGUGGUGGUGCUGUGGGUAGGAACCAACAAUCACGAGCAUACAGCAGAGCAGGUUGCAGGGGGGAUUCUAGCCAUUGCACAGUUGCUCCACUCCCGUCUACCCAAAUCAAAAAUAGUUGUUCUUGGUCUGUUGCCAAGGGGGGAGCUUCCUAACCCUCUGAGGGAGAAGAACGCUACGGUGAAUAACCUCCUGCGUGCCUCUCUGCCUCGUCUCGGCCCUGUCCAGUUCCUGGACGUGGGCGGCGGUUUUGUGCACUCGGACGGCACCAUUUCCUCUCGGGACAUGUUUGACUUCCUGCAUCUGACUGCCAGCGCCUACAGUACCAUAGCAACACCCCUUCAUGAGUUACUGCUCCAGCUAUUGGAAGAGACGCCUCAGGAGAGGCGGGCCUCAUUGGUCUGA